CACUCAUAGGGUGGCAGUGUUCCAAUGAUAGGAGUGCGGGCGCGCGCUUUUUGGCCGGGUCAAGGCUCCUUGCGAUCCCCCCCGCCAUGAUUGCACGCCCAUGUGCUCUCCAUCCCUAUAUCUCUCUCUCUCCAUCUCUCUUCUGCAACUCCUCUUUCUCUCUCUACUCUCGCACAAAACAAACGAGGACCGCUUUCUUUCUCUCUCCCUUCAGCUGUAUAUCUGCCUCUUCUCUGCUCUCUUUCCUUUUUUGUUCUUUUUUAUUCCGGCUUUUUCAGGGCUCGCCUUUUCCUGUUCCUGUUCUUUGACCAAAGUCCGCAGUCGAAUCUCAGUUGAAAUGAAUGAAUGAAAGUAGGGUUUAGGGGGAGGGAUGAUGUUGAUCGCCUGCUGCGGCAUAAGAAGAAGACGAAGAAGACACCAUGGAGAAGGACUUUCAAUCCAAGCUCACUCUGCAACAUCGGAGAGAUGCCUCCUCCUCUUCUUGUAACAGUGUUGGUAAUAGCAAUAAUGGCGUUCAAAGGUCUAGGAGUUUUACUUUCAGAGCUCCUCAGGAGCAUUUCAGAAUCGAUGAAUUCGAGCUUGGCAAGUUGUAUGGCGUCGGAUCUUAUUCUAAGGUUGUUAAGGCAAAGAAGAAGGACACUCGACAGAUUUAUGCUUUGAAGAUAAUGGACAAAAAGUUCAUCACUAAAGAAAACAAAAUUGCAUAUGUCAAGAUGGAGCGCAUUGUUCUGGAUCAGUUGGACCAUCCUGGAAUCAUAAGACUCUAUUUCACUUUUCAAGACACCUAUUCCUUGUACAUGGCACUUGAAUCAUGUGAUGGUGGUGAACUAUUUGAUCAAAUAACAAGGAAACGUCGUCUAACAGAAGAUGAGACACGCUUUUAUGCAGCGGAAGUUGUGGAUGCUUUAGAAUACUUACACGGUGUUGGAUUAAUUCAUCGGGAUAUUAAGCCAGAGAACUUGCUUCUUACUGCUGAAGGCCAUAUUAAAAUUGCUGAUUUUGGUAGCGUGAAGCCAAUGAAGGAUAGCCAGAUUAAUGUCCUUCCAACAUCUAAUGAGAAGGCUUGUACCUUUGUGGGAACAGCUGCAUAUGUCCCUCCUGAGGUCCUCAACUCUGCUCCUGCAACUAUUGGGAAUGAUCUUUGGGCGCUUGGAUGCACCUUGUACCAAAUGCUUUCAGGAAAUUCUCCUUUUCAAGAUGGAAGUGAGUGGCUUAUUUUCCAAAGGAUAAUAUCGAGGGACUUCCAAUUUCCAGACUAUUUCUCUGCUGAAGCAAGGGACAUUAUUGAUAAGUUACUUGACAUAGAUCCCAUGAAAAGACCUGGUGCUGGACCUGGUGGUUAUACUGCCCUAAAAAGGCACCCUUUCUUUAAGGGAGUGGACUGGAAUAAUCCACGUGCAUUACCUGCUCCAAAACUUGCUACACCAUUGAAAAGUGACGAUGCUGAUGUUGAAGAUUUGGAAUGGGGACUUUCACAUGUUGGUGACAGUUUUGUUCAGAACAGCACCUCCCUUGAUGGCACUGGUGGUGCCACGUCAUCUGUGGAGUCUCAUUCCCAUAUUGCUAAGCUUGCCUCAAUUGAUUCUUUUGAUUCUAAAUGGCAACAAUUUCUGGAUCUGGGAGAGUCAGUGAUUAUGAUCUCAACGGUGAAGAAAGUACAGAAGCUCUCUAGCAAGAAGGUGCAGCUCAUCCUCACAGACAAACCCAAGUUGAUCUAUGUGGACCCUUCCAAGCUGAUGGUGAAAGGAACGAUAAUUUGGUCUGACAAUCCCAAGGACCUUAGCAUCCAAGUGUCCAACUCUUCUCAUUUCAAAAUCUUAACGCCGAAGAAAGUGGUGUCGUUUGAAGAUGCAAAACAAAGGGCGUGGCAGUGGAAGAAUGCGAUUGAGGCCCUUCAGAGCCAUGAAUCUUAGGUGCUGUGUUACAGUCAAGAUCAAACUAUUCCAAGGAAUCCCACAUAGGUUCAUCCUUGGCCCAAUCCAGUGGGACCUCUUGGCUCUGAUUUUACAGAUGAGUACUCUCCCUUCACCGAUCCCUGGUAUUACAUGAGAGUGAAAGUAUCUCUAUACCUUUCAGCCUGAUAAAUUGUAGAAUGUCCUUGAGGAUUGUUUUGGUGCAAGUCCUUGUAAAAUGUAAUUUAGACGAAAUGGGUACGAGGGAAAAGCAUCUCUCCCUGUUUCAUGUACAUUACAUUUUGACAUUGCUGGUUUUCGCCAAUCUUUGUUCAUGAGUGAAAAUUUCCUGAUAUAUUUCAUUCGAAAAGAAAGAAAAGAUUGGCCAUUGAUACCUGCUUCUCGAGAACUGGCAAGGCUAAUUGGUUUCAGUAGUUGGAAGAUAAUUUGCAUUGAUAUAGAGUAAUGGAAUUUGUCAAAGAAGGAUGAGAACUUUACAUUUUAUCUUAUCCCGUCUCAUGCCCGGGUAAAAAGGCUGGAUUGUUUUGGGUAGACAGCUAAUAUAAAAUUUUGUCAAAACUUAUUAUGAA